AUGCUGUCGAUAAGAUAUUACGACAAAAGAACACAACAAUUAGUUAUUUAUAAAGCGUGGUCAUUUCAUUUAAAAGGAUGUCUGAUACAAGCGAUCUUGAUCGCCCGCGAAAUACUUGUGGAAGAGAGCAAUGUUCAAAGAGUAGAUUCUCCUGUUACGGUGUGUGGAGAUAUUCAUGGACAAUUCUAUGACCUGAAGGAAUUGUUCAAAGUUGGUGGAGAUGUCCCAGAAACGAAUUACUUAUUUAUGGGAGACUUUGUAGACAGAGGAUUCUAUUCUGUAGAAACAUUCUUAUUAUUAUUGGCAUUAAAGGUCCGCUAUCCAGAUCGCAUCACAUUAAUUAGAGGCAAUCAUGAAUCAAGACAGAUUACACAAGUUUAUGGUUUCUAUGAUGAAUGUCUCAGAAAAUAUGGUUCUAUUACUGUAUGGAGGUAUUGCACAGAAAUAUUUGACUACCUAUCACUGUCGGCAAUCAUCGACGGACGGAUAUUCUGCGUACAUGGCGGUUUAAGCCCCUCCAUACAAACCCUAGACCAGAUUAGAACUAUUGACCGCAAACAAGAAGUACCACACGAUGGACCCAUGUGUGAUCUGCUUUGGAGUGACCCUGAAGAUACUCAAGGUUGGGGCGUGUCACCCCGCGGCGCAGGCUACCUAUUCGGUUCCGAUGUGGUUGCGCAGUUCAAUGUGUCAAACGACAUUGACAUGAUCUGUCGUGCGCAUCAGCUCGUCAUGGAGGGCUACAAAUGGCAUUUUAACGAGACAGUGCUCACAGUGUGGUCUGCACCUAACUACUGCUACAGAUGCGGCAAUGUUGCCGCGAUACUAGAACUAAACGAAAACUUGCAACGCGAGUUUACAAUAUUUGAAGCUGCACCUCAGGAAUCCCGGGGUGUACCCUCCAAGAAGCCACAGGCAGACUACUUCUUAUAA